AUGUUUCUAGCAACAAGAGCAGCUGCUGCCAGGCCACGAGCCCCGGAACACUUCCGGCGUGCAGUUUUUUCAGACUAUUGCUCGUGUUAUUGCUCUUUCACUUAUACUGGUUCUAUCAUCUUAUCACCAUCUUCUCAUUCUAAUCGCCAUCAACGGUAUCUCACCAUAGCCAGCAAUAAGAAUCAUGGGAAUCAUGGGAAUAAUGGGAACCAUGGGAAAGUGUUGGUUCUGCCGGCCAGGUUCCAGCACUCAGCAGCAACUUCAAGCCCUGCUGGAACUGUCAAUUCUUUAGCAAAUUCAACCUCAUCGGGUCCUCCUCCUCCCUCACCACAUCCAACACCUCCAAAUAACCCUCAAUACCCUUCACCUUCGUCAUCUUUUGUCCCGCCACCAGGGUUAUCGGCCCACCCGCUGUCCAAACACAUUGUUGACAACACACUCUCCUGUACAACUAUUGACGCACAUGGGCACGUCAUUAACAUCUCGGAAACUAUUCCCAAGGCCAAGUUUCUUUCGGAAAACAAGCUCUAUGCUCGUGAUUUGCGGUCCAUUGAUCACACACCUGUUUCUAUCAUCCCGUCGAUCCUCGUACGAGACCAAUGCAUUUUAAUUAACUUGCUCCAUAUUAAGGCUAUGAUUAAACAUGACCGUGUGUUGGUCUUUGAUACCCAUGAUGACCCAGCAAAUAAUGCAAAACUCGGUUUGUUUAUGUACGAUCUCGAGUCAAAGCUCCAGCUGCCCACGUGCAUCCACAAUGUAAACAAUAGUAGUAGUAAUAGUAGCAGCAGCAGCAAUAACAACAACAACGGUAGUGGCAGCGGCAGCAGCGGCAGCAGCGGCAAUGAUUCCAGUGGAAGCACGUUUGUGCAGACAUUUGAAAUGAAGGCUCUGGAAUCUAUUCUGAUCAACGUGGUAUCAACCCUUGAAACAGAGCUCAAACAACACAUCUCCACAGUCAACUCCAUUCUUGCAUCUCUUGAAGACCACAUUGAUCGUGAGCAACUCAAGGAACUUUUGAUCCGUAACAAGUCUCUCAUCAAGUUCCACCAAAAGUCAUUGCUUAUUAAAAACUUGCUCAACGAAGUGCUUGACUCAGAUGACGAUCUUGUUGGCAUGUACCUGACUGAAAAGUACGAAAACCCAGAAGCCUUUGCACACCGCUCACUCGACGACCACGCAGAUAUGGAGCUGCUUUUGGAGUCUUAUUACAAGCAGUGCGAUGAAAUGGUACAACAGUCUGGCCAAGUAAUUGCCAAUGUCAAAAAUACUGAGGAAAUCAUCAACAUCAUUCUAGAUGCUAACCGCAACUCACUCAUGCUCAUGGAGCUAAAAGUCACAAUCACAACUCUCGGCUUCACCACUGGUGCUUUCUUUGCAUCCCUUUACGGCAUGAAUCUCGAAAACUUUAUCGAGGAAACUACUUAUGGCUUUGGUUCUGUCUCCGGUAUAAUCAUGGCCUUGGCCAUUGGUGUUUCCGUCUUUAACUUUGCUCAGCUUAGAAAUAUCCGCAGAGUUACCAUGAUGGGAACUGGAAUUUUGCAAAAUAAUCCUUCUUCUUCUUCUUCUUCUUCUUCUUCUUCUUCUUCAUCAUCUGCUGCUGCCGCCGCCGCCGCCGCCUCUGCUGCUGCUACUAAUGCUACUGCCGCUGCUGCUUCCUCUUCUGCUUCAGCAAUGGCUGCUCGUAGUGCCAUUCUUAAUUCAACAACAGCCUCGGCUCAACAUUCCGCCUCCCCUGCAUCCUCGUCCUCUACAAAUUCUUCACAACUACAUCCACACCCGCCGCUGCAUCAAUCUCCACUCUCGGAACCGCGGCCACAGCACCAUCAUAGUCAUCGCGCGCUCAAACACGAACUCUCGAGAACAGACCAGAUGUGGGCACUCAUGUACCGACUCUGGCGGGGACAUGCUGCCGAACGCCGCUGGUCGCGCAAACGUAAAUGGGAACUGCAUAAUGGCUAUAACAACCCUGCUGCGGCGCGGCAGCAUGAUGUUUGGCGCUGGCUGGUGGAUUCAAAGAGCAGUCACCCGUCGUCAUGA